AUGGCGCCAGUGGUACUACCUUCGGAUUUCGAGUGGGGCUUUGCAACAGCAGCGUAUCAGAUCGAAGGCGCCGUUAAUGAGGAUGGAAGAGCCCCUUCUAUCUGGGAUACAUUCAGUCACCUCGAGCCAUCACGGACGAGUGGAGCUAACGGUGACAUUGCCUGCGACCACUACCAUCGAUAUGAGGAGGAUCUUGAUCUUCUAGUGAAAUACGGCGCAAGAGCAUACCGGUUUUCGCUAUCAUGGUCUCGCAUUAUUCCCCUUGGCGGACGAGACGAUCCUAUCAACGAAGCAGGCAUUGCCUUUUAUAAUCGGCUGAUCAACGGCCUUGUGGCCAGGGGUAUCAGGCCCUGGGUAACCCUAUAUCACUGGGACCUUCCACAGGCGCUGCAAGAUCGGUAUGGCGGUUGGCUGAAUAUUGAGGAGUCGCAGUUGGACUUUGAGCGGUACGCGAGAGUAUGUUAUGAGCGGUUCGGAGACCGGGUAAAGGAUUGGAUCACAUUGAAUGAGCCAUGGAAUACCGCUAUCAAUGGAUUCGUGAGAUGCACCGAACCCCCGGGACGGAGCAGCACUCAUAACGCCUGUACUCCCGGCGACUCGACAACUGAGCCUUGGAUUGUUGGCAGGUCCCUUAUACUAUCACACGCGAGAGCGGCUCGACUAUAUAACAUGGAGUUCAAGCCGAAGCACGGAGGCCGUAUUGGUGUCUCUCUUAGCGGGGACUAUAUUGAGCCGUGGGACUCCUCGGAGCCUAGGGACUGUGAAGCUGCUGAGCGCAGAAUGGAAUUCGUUAUCGGCUGGUUCGCCAAUCCUAUGGUACUUGCACAGGAUUAUCCUGUGGCCAUGCGUGAGCAGCUUCAAGACCGCCUUCCUACCUUUACCCAAGCUGAGUUCGCUCUCCUCCACGAGGCUGAGGUCGACUUUUAUGGUAUGAACUACUAUACUUCCCUAUACGCACGGCACCGUGUUACCCCGCCAUCAGAUACAGACUUUCUUGGUAAUCUGGAUGAGUACCAAGUAAACAAGUCGGGUAUUUCUAUCGGUGACCCGAGUGGUGUUGACUGGCUAUACUCUACACCACAAGGCUUUCGAAAGCACCUUGUGAGAGUAUAUAACAAAUAUCAGAAGCCUAUUUAUAUUACUGAAAAUGGGUGUCCAUGCCCCGGUGAAGAUCGGAUGAGCAGGGAAGAAUCUAUCCAGGAUACAUAUCGCCAGAAAUAUCUCUCGGAUCACCUAGAUGCUAUUAUGGGAGCGAUACAAGACGGAGCCAAGGUUUGCGGGUAUUUUGUCUGGUCAUUAAUGGAUAACUUCGAAUGGUCCUCUGGGUAUACUAUCAGGUUUGGGGCGACAUAUAUUGACUAUGAUACGCUUGAGAGGACCCCUAAGGAAUCGGCCUUGAAAGUUCGGGGCAUGAUCGAGGACAGACAAAGGCGACCGAGGGACAUGGACGACGAAAGCCAAAAUAGUUAA